AUGGGUCUCGUCGACGCCCCCAACAAGGUGCCCCACCACCAGAAGUUCUACCAGAACGCCUACAACCAGCACAUCCGUCUCUGGAGAAUCGGCACCCGCAGCAGCGUUCUCUUCCUCCCCUACCAGGUCCUGCUCUGGGGCACCUUCGGUGCUUCCAUGUACAUGAUGGGCCGCAAGGUCAUGGGCCACAACACCUGGUUCGGCAAGGAUUAA